AUGGUCCUCUUACCCCGCUUGACCCGUCUGGGUGCUCAAAAUAAGCUGGCUUUCAUACAUGCUUCCCGACAGAACGGUAGAUUCUACGCGACAGUAUCGAACCCUCAAACAGUCAUUGAGAAGAUUGUGCAGAAGUAUGCUGUAGAUCUACCGCAGGGCACCAAAGUGAGAGCUGGUGAUUAUGUGAUGAUUAAGCCUGAGCAUGUGAUGACCCACGAUAACACUGGUCCAGUCAUAUCCAAAUUCCUCUCCCUUUCAUGCUCCAAACUCGAUAAUCCUAGACAACCAGUGUUCACCCUCGACCACGACGUGCAGAACAGAUCGGAAACCAACCAGAACAAGUACAAGAAGAUUGAAGCUUUUGCGAAACAGCACAAUGUCGAUUUUUACCCUGCAGGAAGAGGUAUAGGACAUCAGAUCAUCGUCGAAGAAGGAUACGCAUGGCCUGGAAAGAUGGUGGUGGCUUCGGAUAGUCAUUCGAACCAUUAUGGUGGUGUUGGGUGUUUGGGUACUGCUAUAGUCAGGACUGACGCUGCAGGUAUUUGGGCGACUGGUAAAUUCUGGUGGCAAAUCCCCCGAGUAGUCUCUGUCUCCCUCGACGGCAAGCUUUCACCGGGCGUAACAGGGAAAGACGUUAUAGUAGCUUUAGCCGGUUUAUUCAACAACGAUGAAGUUCUAAAUGCCGCCAUCGAAUUCACUGGAUCCGGUAUAGAACAUCUAUCGAUCGACGAGAGGUUGACUAUAGCCAAUAUGACUACUGAAUGGGGAGCGGUAGCAGGUGUGUUUCCUAUAGAUUCAAAACUGGAAGAAUGGUAUAAAGGUAUAUUUAGAAAGAACGAAUUGAGGAGAUUCUUAUCUCAACCAAGUACUUCAAGUAUGGCACCUAUUCCUGAACCAUCUGAUCCAGUUAACGAAUCUCAACCUCAUCCAAGACUCAAUCCCGACCGUCUUCAGGAUGCUAUUACCAAUAGACCCACCGCCGAUCCCGGUGCGACCUACGCUGCUAGAUUAUCACUCGACUUGUCUACUUUGGUUCCAUACGUAUCUGGACCGAACUCAGUGAAAGUCGCUACUGCCUUACCCAAGUUGGUAGAAGAUAAGAUCAAAAUCAACAAAGCGUACUUGGUCUCUUGUACCAAUUCUAGAGCUUCGGAUAUAGCUUCGGCCGCUGAGGUAUUGAGAGGAAAGAAAAUUGCCAAUGGGGUUGAAUUCUACAUCGCAGCUGCGUCAAGUAGGGUACAGGAAGAUGCCGAGUCAUCAGGAGAUUGGCAAACUCUCAUUGACGCUGGAGCGAAGACACUCCCAGCAGGGUGCGGACCAUGUAUAGGUUUGGGUGUGGGUUUAUUGGAAAAAGGCGAAGUUGGAAUCAGUGCUACGAAUAGGAAUUACAAGGGUAGGAUGGGAUCACCAGAAGCUAUCGCGUAUCUAGCAUCACCAGCUGUAGUUGCUGCGUCUGCUGCCAAGGGAUACAUCUGUGGUCCGGAUUCGAUAAAUUGGGAUAAUCUACCUAAAUUCGAGAAACCAAAGAUAUCGAUAAUAGAGGAAAACUCCGAAUCUACCUCUGCACAGGAAGUCGACGAGGCGUCUCUAGAACCAUUAUUGGAAGGUUUCCCGGAAUACUUUGAAGGUCCUCUCCUAUUCGCUCCUCAAGAUAAUUUGACAACGGACGGUAUGUAUCCUGGUAAAUACACUUAUCAGGAUGACAUCACCCCCGAGAGACAGGCAGAGGUUGUAAUGGAGAACUACGAUCCAACAUUUGCAACUACCGCGAAAGAACUCCGAGGUACUCUCCCUACGUCCGAAUCCUCAUCAUCUACUAGACCGGGUGCGAUCCUCUUAUCAGGAUACAAUUUCGGUACUGGUUCAUCUCGUGAACAAGCCGCCACUGCCAUUAAGAAUGCGGGUAUACCCUUGGUCAUCUGUGGAUCGUUCGGUGAUAUCUUCAAGAGAAAUUCCAUAAACAAUGGAUUGAUCUUGGUGGAAUCGCCAACCCUGAUUAAAGAUAUGACUGAUAGAUUUGCCAAGGAUGGAGUUAGGGGUAAAGGAGGUAAAGAUGGAAAGUUGACUGUUGUUCCUGAGAACUGGAAGAUAAAGGUUGAUACGAGACGAGGUAAGGUCACGGUCACUAUGGGUGAAGAAGGUGAAAAGGUGUAUAAUGCUGCCAAGGUAGGAAGGAGUGUACAGGAGUUGUGGGUCAAUGGAGGAUUGGAAGGAUUCAUCAGAGCUUCUUUGUAG